CACACACACUGACACUAUUUGUACCCUCUCUCUCUUCUUUCUCUCUCUAAUGAAUCUUAUUCGCGUUUCUCCUGUGAAGGAGCGUUCUAGGCCUCUCUCUCCCUGGAAAUGCACUCAUGUACCAGAUCUGCAACCUUAAUUUCCUGAGAAUGCAUUUUCUGGUCUUUUGAAGUCUUGACUUUGCUUGCCCAACCGUGGUCGCUGAAGUUGUUUAAGUGAUUUAGAGCAAAUUUCCCCACUACUUGAGUUCGGGUUAGAUUAAUCAGGGGGAUCUAAUGGCUGCUGCUGGGUUACCAAAUCCACUACUAGGGGAAACUACUUGUGGGUCUUUACUGCAACAGUUGCAGCAAAUAUGGGAUGAGGUUGGUGAGAGUGAUGAAGAAAGAGAUAAGAUGCUACUCCAGUUAGAGCAAGAUUGCCUGGAUGUGUACAAGAAGAAGGUUGACCAAGCUUCAAAAUCUAGGGCUCGCCUUCUUCAGUCUUUGGCAGAUUCUAAGGCUGAACUCGCCAAUCUUCUAUCGGCUCUUGGAGAAAAGACUUUUGUAGGCCUACCUGAUAAAUCUACAGGCACAAUCAAAGAGCAACUUGCAGCUAUAGCACCUAUUCUGGAGCAGCUUUGGCAGCAGAAGGAAGAGAGGAUUAAGGAAUUCGCAGAUGUUCAGUUACAAAUCCAGAAAAUAUGUGGAGAAAUUUCAGGGACUCUAAAGCUUAAUGAGCAAGUUGGAACUCCAAAGGUUGAUGAGAAUGACCUGUCCAUCAAAAAACUUGAUGAGUUCCAUUCUCAAUUACAAGAACUUCAAAAGGAGAAGAGUGAACGACUGCACAAGGUUCUUGACUUUGUAAGCACAGUACAUGAUCUCUGUGCUGUCUUGGGAAUGGACUUUUUUGGUACUAUUACUGAAGUUCACCCCAGCUUAGAUGAUUCCGUUGGAGUACAGUCCAAAAGCAUCAGUGAUGAUACAUUAUCAAGACUGGCUAAGAUGGUGGAAUCAUUAAAAGAAGAUAAGAAGCAGAGAUUGCAGAAGCUUCAAGAGCUAGCAUCACAACUAUCUGAUCUUUGGAACCUGAUGGAUACACCUAUGGAGGAGCGGAGCUUUUUUGAUCAUGUCACAUGUAACAUCUCAGCUUCAGUUGACGAAGUCACUGUGCCUGGAGCUCUUGCUCUUGACCUCAUUGAGCAGGUUGAACACAAAUGCCAUCUUAAGAAAAAUGUAACAAUAAACUUAUUUAGUUCUAAAUUCAACUUGUUAACUUUUUCUUCUUUGCAUUAUGACUAUCUGAAGGCCGAGGUAGAAGUAGAAAGAUUAGAUAUGCUUAAGGCCAGCAGAAUGAAAGAGAUUGCUUUCAAGAAGCAAGCAGAGCUUGAAGACAUAUAUCAUCUUGCUCACAUAGAGAUAGACCCAGAGGUUGCUCGAGAGAAGAUUAUGGCUUUAAUUGACUCUGGGAAUAUAGAGCCAUCGGAGUUAUUGGCUGACAUGGAUAAUCAGAUAGUGAACGCUAAAGAAGAGGCACUCAGCAGGAAAGAAAUAUUGGAGAAGGUUGAAAAGUGGAUGUCAGCAUGUGAAGAAGAAAGCUGGCUUGAAGAUUACAAUAGGGAUGAGAACAGGUAUAACUCUAGCAGGGGUGCACACAUAAACUUGAAACGUGCAGAGAAAGCCCGCAUUCUUGUAAACAAAAUUCCAGCUCUGGUUGACACAUUGAUUGCAAAGACACGUGCAUGGGAAGAGGAUCGCAGGAUUUCAUUUACAUAUGAUGGCGUUCCUCUGCUUGCAAUGCUAGAUGAAUAUGCAAUGCUUAGGCAAGACAGAGAGGAAGAAAAGAGGAGAUUACGGGACCAAAAGCGAUUUCAUGAGCAGCUAACAACCGAGCAAGAGACCUUGUUUGGAUCAAGGCCAAGUCCAAACAAGCCCCUUGGCCCGAAGAAAGUGGUUGGCCCACGAGCCAAUGGGGGCACUGCAAAUGGAACCCCAAAUCGCCGCCUCUCUCUUGGGGUUCGCUCUGCAUCUAAGGAUGGCGGAAAACGAGAUAAUCAGAGGCCUGAAGCCCCAGUCAAUUAUGUGGCCAUUUCCAAAGAAGAUGUGUCUUCACAUAUAUCUGCUAAUGACUCGAAUCCUACAUCACCAUGAGAGGACAUUGAGGUGGCAGUCUAUUUCAACUUUAGUGUAGAGAGAGAGAGAUGCUAGAGUAGUUGGUUGAGGCAAUAAUUGAACGUAAUGUGUAACUUGUGUAUGUUGUACUUGGUUUUUGAGUUAUUUUAUAUGAUAAUUGCGUCUCCAUAUCUGCAUGUGCUUGUAGAAUUAGGGUUCUUAAAGAGACUAUUUAUGAAAUGAACAAGUUUCCUUUUUGGAUCUGAAUUUGGAAUUUCAGGGAUGCUUUGUAUGACCA